GCGGAUGGCUCCGGCGCCCAAGGCCGAGGAGGAGGAAGAGGAGGCGGCGCGCAGGCGGCAGGCGCAGGAGAGAACACCCAAAGAAAAUUUGAACACAUGUCUUCCAGAAUGUUCUUUCAAAAGCAAGACUUUGGUAAAACAAGUGAGAAUUCUUCUCACACCUGUGUCGGUCAUCUCAGAAGAACACAACAGGCGUAGGCCUCAGAAACGCUUGUUAGAGCAAUUUUCUAGCGCUGAAGAAUCUUUAAAUAAAGAACCAAAAUUCAAGAAAGCCUGUAACAAUUCUUCAGGCCUGCAAACCAGGGCGGUAAUGUCUAAGGCUUCUCCCAGUCAUGCUGAGGUACUCUUCAACACAAAAUCUGACCUACAUCCUUCAGUUCUAGGAGCCAUCAAUAGUGAUUUGGAGAAUGAUGUAGAUCCUGAGAGUGUUAAAAAGGAUGAUGAUGAAUCAACACAGCUAUCAGCUUAUGAAAAAAAGAGACUGAAGAACAUAACAGAAAAUGCAAAUUUCUUUGCUUCUCUAAAAUUAUUUGAGUCAGCUGCAAGACUUCGUAAAAUGACAAUCAAAGGGCAGCCUUGUGAAAGAAAAAAAGUUAAACCUUCAAAGGCAGAAACUGAGACAACUUGUCGAAGAUCCAUGCGCUUGCAGAGAGUAGAUCCACUGGGCAUUCCCUUGCCAGAAACACAAGCACAGCCAGAACUUUCAGUUGAAGAGCAUCCCCGUUUGCCACCUGGGCCUCUCCAGAUGAUACCUGCAGAUCAAGAUCAGGGAACUGAGCUAACGGAAGGCUUUCUGAAUAUGUGGGCAAAAAUAAGUCAGGUGAAGCCUAAGAAGAUUGAGAAGACUACAUGUAACUUGGAAAGUUACAAAGCAAGACUGUGUGGAAUGAUCCUCAGAGAAGACUCUGUGGCAAAAGUUGUCAAAAACCGGAUUUACUCUGUGGCUAUCCAUCCAUCCGAAAGCAGGACUUUGGUGGCGGCUGGAGACAAGUGGGGGCAGAUUGGCCUCUGGGAUUUGGACUGCAAGCUGGAAGAUGGAAUACAUGUCUUCACACUUCACACCCAGCCAGUUAGCUGUAUGAAUUUUUCUUCAUUCAAUCCUGCUCAUCUUCUGUCCCUGAGCCAUGAUGGCACGUUACGAUGUGGGGAUGUAACCAGAGCAGUCUUUGAUGAGGUAUACAGAAAUGAGCAGUACAGUCUCUCCUCAUUUGACUUCCUGGCAGAUGAUGCCUCCACGCUGAUAGUGGGAAUGUGGGAUGGAGAGGUGGCUGUAGUGGACCAAAGAACACCAGGAAAUUCCUCUGAGCUUUCUGCAGAUCUUAAUUCAAAGACGAGGACUGUCCAUGUUCAUCCAGUCAGCAGAAAUUAUUUCAUUACUGCUGGAGCAAGGGAUGUUGGUAUUUAUGAUGUUCGGCACCUGAAGAAAAGUGGAGGCAGGCCUGUAGUCUCUCUCACAGGGCACACGAAGAGUGUUGCUUCGGCUUAUUUUUCACCCCUUACUGGCAACAGAGUGGUGACAACUUGUGCUGAUGAUACAUUGAGGGUCUUUGGAACCAAUUGUUUAACAUCUUUAGCACCUAUUCUCACCACUAUCAGGCAUAACAGCAACACGGGACGGUGGCUAACAAGGUUCAGAGCUAUAUGGGAUCCCAAAAGAGAUGACUGCUUUGUGGUGGGAAGUAUGUCUCGACCCAGGCAAAUCCAGGCCUUUCAUGCUAUGGGAGAACUGGUGCAUUCCUUCUCCAGCGAAGACCAUCUUGCCUCGGUUUGCUCAGUCAGUGCUUGCCACCCUAGCAGGUACAUUUUAGCUGGUGGCAAUUCCAGUGGCCGCCUUCAUGUUUUCAAAGAAUGAAAAAGAUCUCCCUCUUUUUUUACUUGUUCUUGCUGGUAUAAAAGAAUGUUGACUAAGCACAAAGAGGGUGAUUUGCAUUUUAGUUUUGUUGUAAUGUAUAUUUUGUCACAGCACAAAGACCUUUUUUUCAGAAAAAAACCCUGAUUACAGUUCUGAAAAUGAUGUGGGUUGCGAGUAAUGGGGAUAAAUAAAGCUAGGCUUGGCAUUCCAAUACAGCAACGUUUUACAAAGUUUUAAACAACUGUCACUGUUAAAUGGCUUCAAUUUAUUAAGUGUCUUAGAAAUAAAAGGGACCAUGAACGAUAAAAUAUUUUAUUCAGAAGUUAGUUGUUAAUAGCAGUAUUUUGAGAUGAGAACUUAAGUGCUGGUGUGCUGCAAGAACGUAUAGAAGAUAACGACAUGUUCAAAUUAGUGGAUGUAAAAUAAGGAGCGUGUUAAUAAAGUUUAUGACUGGCAAGAUGGGAAAUGCAAUGAUAUGUGUUGCACUGGAAUUUCAGAUUGCACCUUAAAUCAGGA